GAAUACACACGGAUCGCUCAAUCGUUGCUUGAGGCACUGGACACAGAUAAAAAUGAGAAAAUCUCUGUGAAUGAACUGAUGGAACUGACGGAUUGUGAGGAGUUUCGCUCCUCGUUGAAAGAGCUAAUUCGGAAGUACGAUACGAAUGGUGACGGAGAGUUAGAUGUGAAUGAACUACGCCGUUGGAUCCAGUCAGAAAUGGUUGUGGUUGUGAAAGGUCAGAUGCCAAUGUGA